UGGGACAGGGCCGCCAGUGAUAAAGGAACCCCCGGUGUCCUGAAACUCAAGUUUGACGCCAUUCAGGACUGUGGUGUGUGUACGGCUGCACGAGGCAAACCGCGCGUGUACAGCAGGAUCCCGGUUCGCACCAGUGGCCAACCGCCCGGCGCAACAGUAGAGCUUUGCACGGGACCGCUGCAACAAUGCACCACUCGGAGAUGAAGGCCGUAGCUCUGUGUUCGUUGGUCCUGCUGCUCACGCUAGUAUCAGCAAAAGGUGCAUCAUAUCAGAGUUCCGAGGCGGCCGGUGGCGGCGGUGGCGACGGCGGACAGCUGGGCGACGUGCUCCUCGAGGAGCAGAUGUCGUGGGCCGAGGGCGGCGGCCCCGACGAAGAGCUGGACGAGGCGGCGGCGGAGACCAAGCGCGCAUUCCACGCCAUGCGGGGCAAGAAAGACGAUGACACCUGGGACUCGGAGGACAAGCGCGCUUUCCACGCCAUGCGCGGCAAGCGGCUCCUGGCGCCGGCCAGCGUGGACUCCUUCAUCGCCCAGCUGCGCCGCGCCGUGCUCCAGGGCAAACGCGGGUCCGGGUUCUUCGGCAUGCGCGGAAAGAGGCAGAUGCGUAACGGCCACAAGAGUUCGAGGGCAAAGUUCGUCGCUUCGCGAGGUCGAAGGUCGGCCUCGGGCGAACCUCCAGCCCAGGCGUUCUUCUAGGAGUUCUCCCCGCCUCCACACCCUCUUCCUGACCCUCAAGUCCCGGCGCAUUCCAACGUCCCGCCGCUGCCGUUUCUCGCUCGCGCAGUCAAGCACAUACGCCACCCUGGACGCCAGGACUCGGCCGAAGCCCGCGCGCAAUCGUCCUUCCCCACGCCACUGCGGAACGACCGCCGAUGACGACAUCAGAGACCUCCAAGAAGUCGUGCUCCUCAAGCGAAGAAGAAGGCGUAGUGCGCCCAAAACUGCAACGUCACAACCGGGAUGAUUGUCACCGCUGUGGAUUUGGCGCGCCUCUGGGCCUGCUCGAUGGCUGUCACGUGUAUGCCUGGCGAAGCACGGGCAAAGCGCUGUUCGUUUCCAUUUUGGGGACCUUAGACGCGCUUGCGUGGCUUCCUUAGUGCUGCACCCUGUUUUACGAUUGCCCUUCCUUUGUGGUAGAUUUGGCGGCUGGAAUUUACCUGUGGUGAGCCUUUACGCAAACACUGCGUUCUCCCAACAUUCCAUGACUUGUUGAUGCAUGUAUACAGCCGUUCACGCGGAAAGUUGUCCUUUUUUUUUUUCAGUGAAUAAAUGGGCAACCAGGAAAGCAAAUGUUCCCCCUGCGCCUGUUUUCAGCAACAUAGGCACUGAACGGCUGAAUUCCAGGGUGCCCGCCCUGGCCCCAUGGUACUUUUUUUUUCUCUAUAAAUCCAUGUUUUAAAAAAAGUGGGAACGGCUGCGCAGCACUUAUCACUAACCUAUACACAUCGCCCGAGCCGUGAUCAAGCCGGUAGUUUAGUGCCUUGUGGAAGGUAAAUAACGUAUAAUAACGCAAAAUAAUGCGAAGUGCGUCUAAGUUAGUUCUAAUUAACAGCUUCUUUCUCUGUUCCUCUAAUUAAAGCAGCAUGCAACGUAACACCACUUGCCUGUGAUCUCACGGUGGUGAUGGAGCUUUAUUACGGCUAGCGGCUCACUGGCCUAGAGUGGUAAAUGCGUAGGGUUCAGGAGGUGUCAACCAUACCAGUUAAUAACGAAGUGUGACCUUGUGGAGGCCUGUCACAUAAAUAUAGAACGUGUACCGGCUAAAUUUUCAAACUCGUCUGCACGCAUUAAGUCUGCCGGCACAGUGUCACAAUGAAAUACCUGUUACUAAAAGGUAAAACAAUAAAAAAAAUUCAGUGCCGAGUGGUCCCCGGCAUACCUUUAUGCCUAUAUUUUUUAUUAUUUAAUGUUUUUUUUUUUUAACGUGCAGUUCAGCGGAGUAAGGAGUGCACGUGAGCAAAGGCCGAGCUCAGUGACACGACCAUGCCCACGGGAAGCUUCCAUUAGUGCGAGCUCUUAGCGCCACCUUAAUGCGUGCAAGCGAAGAACAGAAACUUAUGCGUGAAAAAAGAAUGUAAAUUGUGGCCUGAUAAACCGAAAGUAACGUUACCUUUUUUCGAGGAAGCGGAGUGCCGGGCUUCCGGCACAUCGCUAUUAUAAGUCAUGAGAGCCGUUACUUGAGCAAAAAAAAAAUGAAGAAGGUCAAUUUGGCUCUAUUUUAAAACAAAAAAAAAAACAGGCCUUGUACGGGCAAGGAUCACAAAAGGGUUUAUCUGUGCACGCAUAAGCAGAAACACAAAUUGUGCUUUUGACCACGCAUGCUUGUUGCGUGUGCGGAUAAGCGAAUGUUCCAACAAGAACUUUUUCAACAGUUUGGCAGAUGAUGCUGGCAAAAGAAAGAAAUAGUUGUAGCAUGCUCAAGCCUAGAAUGCUGAGUGCUUUAGCAUGCUGAAGCAUACGAUGACCAUCAUCUCAAUCAGGCGACUGCUAAACGACUAACGCGGUGCUUGUCUCUGCGUGCUUUGUAAGUCGGCAUUGCAAACGGUGGUAAAGCGAAAGCGCUUUAGAACUUUGUGGCUUGAACGCUCCUCUAACGCUAUUCUAUUCUCUUGCCGCUUUCACGACGCCCUGAACUACCGGCUGGUCAAACAAUGUGAUAUAGGUCUUAAAUUCCUACAACGACGCCAUGAGCUGUGUACAAAUAAAUUAUUUUGUUCGUGGUGGCGUUACGGAUUAACCAAGGCUAUGCUGUUUUCGAAUCUGCCAUUGCCGAUUGAUCGAAAAAAAAAGACUUAUUGCUUGAGAAUGACAACUAUCAUGCAGUUGACAAUAAAAAGAAAAUAAUGAUAGCGUGGGUUGAUGCAGUGUGACUAAAAUAAAAAAAAGGAUACGUAUUUUAGUUUCACGUGCCCAUCACUUCUUCCCGAGAAGCAGCUACGACGAGGCUCUCUGAUGUCGUACGGCGAGAAGUUUACAAAAAUUGACAAUCGAACGAACGAUAGCAGGUAUAUAUAUAUAUACAUAUACACAGAGUGCUGUUCAUAUAAUCUUCGUGUAGCACGAGAGAUAAUCUUUAUGAAUUGUCGAGAAUCAAGUUGUCAUCUUUGAGAACAGAAACGCAAACCGCUCCUCUUUCUGUCACGUCUUUCUAUAUUGGUGUCUUUAUUUUUUUUUUUCACAUUCACGCAAGCCUCCCGGUUUUGCAACACGAACUUGUUAAUUGGCCAGAUGAAAAUAAAUACGAAAUGUAUAUCCUUCGCACAUUGAAUUUCAGCUGUCAGUCUUUGCCACGAAACGAAACUUCUUUACAUUUUAUUCCUUAACAUUUGUGCAGCAUACUACGCCAAGCAGUCUUCAUCCAAAAUGAUACCUAUAGACACCGUCGUAAGAAUUCACGAGCCCCUUCGAUCGUGACGAAGCUUCGUAAUAGUGCGACUGAGACAAGCCCGAAAACUGGCAGCCGCUGUGCGUUCCUCCAACACUGGUUCUGUUACGUACAAUUCGUCCGUGCGGAAAGCACAGCGCGCUCAGUCCCAGGAGAUGAUGACGCGAGAUUAGGUGUUCUACGACGUUACUCCACUCAGCGCUAUUCAGACGGGCGGGGAAUAAGAACUGGGUGAAGAAAACUUGAAAGCUGCGGGUAACAAGACUGCAUAUUUCCGAUAUCAUUUUCGUAAUUUUUUUUUCAAACGUACCUCGAGCAUGAAGUUACUUAGACGCUGACCGAGACACCGAAAGAGCGAGCAUGUCCUCACCGUUGGAUGAUGGUAAAUAUCAGAACCGUCAAGCGUCGCGUCCUCUUCCGAUCCAGUGAAGUCGACCUCAAAGAUUACUCCCUCACAGUUAGCCCUCUUCCCUCUCUCGCACACACGGACACCUUUGACAACACAAACGUCUCUCACCACGUUCUAACGCGCGCUUAUUUUACUUCUUCGCCGCGAAGAAGCCGUUUAUCCGUACAAGGCCCCCCAUUGUUCCUCGGUAUACGCGAACAGAAGCUCGAUAAAAGCAUUGUUGGCGUCGGCGGCUCGACAAUGCCGGGAUCGAAGCUGCCACUGUCUAAGGCUUAUCGGCAUCGCGCGGCUUGCGCCGUCCGCUUUUCAAGCGAGCCAGUAAUGGCAGUUAGUCUCGAAAGUUAUGGACCGGCUCGGUUGUCUGUGUCAAUGGCAUCGAAAGGCGCGCCGCCACAAAAGCAGGAGACGCGCAAUAAGUGUUCCGCUAAUCGUCCCGACCCGCUGUGUUUCAGCUUUGUUUCGCGACAGCCGCCGCCGUAUCGCUGUUUCAUCGAGAAUAUUUUGAAUGCGAAAAGUCGAGCCUGUACGCUCGCGGUUAGAGAGCGUGCGUAAGUACGUGUUUGCUCGGUCACGUUUUCAUGCUCCAAUAUCAGCGUUCCUGGUUUAAGCAAAAUUCUCGUGGCCUGCUCAUAAGAGCAGGAAAUAGUUGACUUCGCAUUGCUUAGUAUGAAAAUGACCUGAGCGUUACUGUGACUCAUUUUAUUUUCUUGGUGGACUGCACUGCAUCUAUCCGCAUUAACUAAGGUCCGUUCAGGCCGGUUCCGGAGAUAAAUGCAGCCGUUAAUAUCAAUUAAUUUCGGCUGAAGAUCUUUCAGUACUCCCACUAUUCCCAACUGGCUCAUAAUAAAUGAGUAUACUGACUGUAAUGUCUGUUGAAACUAUACUUCAUGCUUAAAAAUAUGGCUCCACAGGCAACUGCCAUUCUGUAUUCUGACCGCAGUAGAGACGUUCUGACUGUCGUAGUUUUCGUAAGUCACUAAUUACGCCGAGUUUCCGUUGACAUUCGUACUAGCGCCCUCAACCAACGAAUAUCACUCAAGACAAGCCUGCGCUUUGCGCAAUUUGUUGCAAGAGUAACCCAGGGAGGGUUUGCGCCCAUGACCCGCAUUUAUGCGGCAAUAUUCUUCGAGUGGUUAAACAAGCUGCUUCCAAGGAAUGAUUAUGUUGCUGGACUUUCUGCUCGAUACGCAGAACCGACGUAGAAAAAUUUUUAAAGCAGCUCCGAUUGAACAAAGUGAUUAGUCUUCGUCUUUAUAAACUUGUCAAAAACAAACGCAAAUAAUAAUAAUAAUAAUAAUAAUAAUAAUAAUAAUAAUAAUAAUAAUAAUAAUAAUAAUAAUAAUAAUAAUAAUAAUAAUAAUAAUA